AUGGUGGAGCAGUCGGACCGAGCCCCGCUGCUGGAUUGUGAGGAGAUCCCACGUCCAGAUGCGACCAGGGCGGCUUUCCCACAGCGAGACACCGCAGCGGAAAAGCGAAGUUCGCUGGCGGCUGUGCGUCCUCACGGCCGCACUACGGUGGACUCCACUGUCAUCUGCACACCUAAGGGUGGCACAGUGGUUCGGAUCGUAGAACAAAACCCGGCCCGUCCUCUACUGGAGCCCCGCGGACAGCGCAGGGAGCAUCCCUGCUACCACAGCAGAGAUCGCAAAGAUGCGCUCUUCCCUGUCAUGGCUCUGAGAGACCAGUGGGAGGAAAAAGAUCAGAUUGUGGCAGUUUUUGUGGUUACCUUUGAUACAAGAUCAGGGAACAUGGUGGAGUGGUGCUUGCCUCAUGACGUCAGUCUGGAUGGAGUUGAGUUCAAGUCGAUGGCCAGUGGCUCUCAUCGAAUCAGUAAUGAUUUUAUAUAUUUCCGCAAAGGCUGUUAUUUUGGACUUGCCUGUUUUGCCAACAUGCCGGUGGAGAGUGAGUUGGAAAGAGGAGCCAGGAUGAAGUCUGUAGGAAUAUUGUCCCCGUCAUACACUCUCUUGUACCGCUAUAUGCACUUCCUUGAAAACCAAGUCAGACACCAAUUGAAGUGUCCUGGCCAAUACUCUCCACUAGAGGCUUUCUAUGAAGACAAGAAAGCUGUCCUACCUCAAAAAGGAAAUGGCCUUGUCAAUGUCUGUCCAACUUGGAGUCUAACCAAUGUCAAUCGCUGCAUGCACCCAGAAAUGAAGAUUACGCACCCAGCUGGCUGUAUGUCCCAGUUUAUCCAGUUUUUCGGAGAGCACAUAAUGGUCCUGUGGAAGUUUGCUCUGCUAAGAAAACGUCUUCUCAUCUUUUCCCCUCCACCUGUAGGUGUGGUCUGCUACAGAGUGUACUGCCUUUGCUGCCUGGCUAACAUCUCCAUACCUGGAAUUGGCGUAACUGUUCCGGAACUUCGACCUUUCUUCUAUGUUAAUAUCGCAGACAUCCCUGCACUGCAAACAGAGCUGUCAUAUGUGGCAUGCACGACAGAGAAAAUAUUUGAGGAGAAAAAGGAUCUGUAUGACGUGUACAUUGACAACCAGAAUGUAAAAACUCAUAGGAGCCACCUCCAGCCACUGCUGCGGGUCAAUGCAGCGGACAAAGAAAAGUACAGAAAACUCACGGAGCAGAGGCAAAUGCUGUUGUACUCACAAGAGAUCGACGCUGACUGCACCACAAAUGAAGAGGAUCUUUUCAUCCUCUUUUUCAUGGAGCUGAAUAAUCGCAUUUUUCAGACGCUCUCAGAGGUUGCUGGGAGUAUCGACCCUACCCUUACCUCUGAGCAUAUCAGGGCCAUGGGACUGGACCCUCAGGGGGACCACACAUUUCUGAUGGGCCUGUUGGAGGUCUAUGAAGAAGAAGAAGAAAAAAAAAAGAAAACCUCGGAGGCUAUUGGAUACUUGUGCCUUUUAUGGCCAUUGCACCAAGACCCCAAUGCCACUGCCUCCACCCCUGCUCCUACAUGUUGCCUAUUGGGUGGUCUGCUGCCCUAUCGGUGUUUGAUCAGACUCAUGGACAGUGUUUGUGAAUGGUGA